AUGAUGGAAGGGCUUGGGGAACAGGGUGCAGCCGGUGAAGAAGGCCCAUUAAUCGGCGCGGUGGCAGCCGAAUCCUCUCCACAGGCCUUGAUGGGGUACUCCUUAGACGAGAGCUUUACUGAGAGCCUGCCUCUGGCAGUUAAGCACCGAGUGUACGCUCUCAGAAAUCUUCAGGCCAAAUCCGCAGGCCUAGAUGCCAAGUACCUGAGGGAAUUUCAUUCCAUCGAGAGGAAAUUUGCUGGCAUCUAUUGGCCCUUAUUGGAAAAGAGACACCAGAUCAUCAAUGCACUCUACAAGCCCAUGAAAGAGGAGUGUGAGGUGAAGUCCAAGGCCGAGGACAAUGAUUAUAAUGAGGUGGAAGAUUAUUCUAAUGCUCAGAUGCAGGGUCUGGAGGAGAAUCCGGAGUAUGAGGACUUGGAGGAAUAUUGCGAGGAAGAUUUCAAGGAUGUAGAGGAGGUGUUUGGGGAGUAUGGAGGAAUUGAGGGACAUAAUGUGGAUGAAGAGAAAGAGGAGCCUACAGGGAUCCCUGAUUUCUGGCUCACAGUUUUAAAGAACGUCGAGGAGAUCUCUCCAUUGAUUCAGAAAUAUGACGAGCCCAUUCUGAAGCUCUUGCGAGACGUGAAAGUCAAGUUUUCAAAACCCGACGAGCCGCUCGCCUUCACUCUGGAAUUUCACUUUGAACCCAACGACUACUUCACAAAUGAGGUGCUGACCAAAACUUAUACGGUCAAGUCUAAGCUCCAUUACUCUGACCCCCACCCGUUUAGGGGAUCUGCGGUGGAGCAUUGCAUAGACUGCAAGAUAGUCUGGAAUGAGGGAAGGAACGUCACUGUGCAAACGGUCCUGAAGAAGCAGAGGCACAGGUUUUGGGGACUGUUGCGCACAGUGACCCAGGAAUUUCCCCGAGAGUCCUUCUUCAACUUCUUCAGUGCUCUCCGGUGGGGUAUGGAUGCCGAUGAAGAUGAGGAAGACGUCUUCAUUGCUCACAGUUUGCGCACGUUUGUCAUCCCUAGAGCUGUGCUGUAUUUCACAGGAAAAGCACUUGAGACCGAGCAAGAGGGGGUGAUCAGGGAAUGUAAUGAGCUGGCUUAUGACAAAGUCACUCAUGAGAACGGGUUGGCUGCUGUUGAGGGUGCUAAAGGCCAAAGCCUGGACCCCCAGGAAGAAGAUAUUGAUAGCUGA